AUGAAUAAUAUACUUUUAGAUUAUUGUCCUGAUUGCAUUUCUAUAAUAGAUGAAAAUCAUAUAGUAGUUUCUACUUAUGAUUUUAUUAAUGAUGAAACUAAAACUGGAGUUCUAUUGUUGCUCAAUGAAAAAUUAAACAUUAUUGAUAAAUUAGAAUGUGAUGGCAUCUUGCAUUUUAAAAUAAUAAAUAAUUAAAUAAUACUAUGUACAUGGAAAGGUGAUGUUUGGAUUAUAGAUAUUAAAGAUGAUAAAUUUAAAUUAAAUAACUAAUAAUCUUUUGAGGAAUGUUUUAAGAACAUCAAAUUAUUAUAUUUAGAUUGUGAUUACCAAUAAAAUUUAUUAUUGGGUGGAGAUAAUGGCGAAGUGAUUUUACAAAAAGAAGGUUAAAUCAUUUAUUAACAAAAAUGUCAUGAAUAUUCUGUUUGGUGUACACUUUUAGAUAAUACAAAUUAAGAUUUAUUUUAUAGUGGAAGUGAUGAUGCUUGUUUAAAUUAUUAUGAUGCAAGAAUAGGAAUUUUGAGAAAGGAUAAAAAGUAUAUGGAUUAUAUUAUAUAAAGAUCACAUUCUCAAGGAAUUACAUAUUUAUUAAAUGAUGGAUAAUAUAAUCUAAUUACAGGAUCAUUUGAUGGUUACAUUCGAAUAUUUGAUAAAAGAUAACCAAAUAUUGCUAUGGAGGAAUAUAAAAGAGAAGGAGGAAUUUGGAGAAUAAUAAAAAAAGGAGAUUAAUAUUUGAAUGGACUAUUUCAAGAACAUAAAUAUGAAUUGAUUGAAAUUAAAAAUAAACAAGGUAAAAUUUAUAUGAAUGUAUCUAAUAGUUUCAAUAAUCCAAGAAUUCAAAGAACAUUCUUCUCUUGCAUAUGCUAUGGAUUGGUAUAAGAAUGUUAUAGUGACUUCUUCAUUCUAUGAUAAACAAUUAAGAUAGUAUAUUAUUUGA